AAGUAGGCACCUAUCAUAAUCACUUUGACGAUGCAAAUUGGAUGACCGACGAUGAGAGCGACGAAGCACAGCACGAUCAGGAACAGGAUGCUGAGUCUGACUUCUACGAUGCCAUGGAUCACGACCACGACGAUGACAGUGACGAUGGGGAGAGCGACGAUAACAGCGACACUGACCUAGACCAUCCCGGGUUUGUGCCUCCUGGAAUGCCACCUAUUUUUGGGCCUGAUGGGUGGACCGAUGGCGCGGUGCAGACGGGUCUACCACCGACAAUGCCUGGGGACGAUG